AUGACGAAUAGCAAGGACCAAACCGCUAACUUCACAUUCGUCGUGGAUUUCGAUAACCAUGACAACUCAGAGAUAUUACGCGCCGUUCUCCCGAGAACAAAAGAGGACUACCGGCGUGCACUUUGCAUCUAUGACAAGCCUCUUAUUGCUUCCGUCAGAUUCCUCUCACUACACCCGAAGGCGGUGGAUCCGCCCGAUAUUCAAACCUUCAAGGCGUUUAUGGAGUUUGCGGCACGUGGAAUGAAAGGUCGUAUCACGGCAAAGCCGACUGUCCCAACUGUCGACGGAUUUCGUGGAAAUUUCGAGGCAGGCAUGGCUUUUUAUCGCGGACACAAAUUCCUCAAAGAGACAUCUACGAUGAUCAGAGAGGUAUGA